AUGGUGUUUGAAGGUCCAUGCAAAGGUCCAAUUAAUUUUGCUGUGAAGGGAUUUGCGAAGGCUUCUGCUGACCUUUCAACAUUGUUGAUAAGAAAAUAUGGAUUGGCUUUCGAUACCUCAACAAACUUUACCCUCGCUGGAGGUGGAAUUUUCCUUGGCCAAGGACAAACUGCAUCACCUGGGGAUAGUCCCAACACUGAUGGAAUUCAUAUCGGGUCAUCAACUGGGAUUAAGAUUUAUGAUUCACUGAUAGGAACUGGUGAUGAUUGUGUAUCACUCAGUCCCGAAAGUGAAAACAUUCUUGUCUCCAAUGUCGUAUGUGGACCAGGACAUGGUAUUAGUGUUGGUAAUGCUGGCACCGACAAUGGUGUAAGAAUCAAGACAUGGCCCGACUCUUAUGAGGGUGUACUUUCCAAUUUCACAUUUGAAGACAUUGUCAUGAAUAAUGUCCAAAACCCCAUUGUUAUUGGUCAAGAAUAUUACCCAUAUAAUGCUUGUAACAAGAAGGUUCCCUCAAAGGUGAAGAUCAGCAGCGUGAAAUACAACAACAUUCGCGGCACUUUGUAA